CUUUGCUUUGGGAUAGCGUUCAAGUACUGCGCGCAGGUCCUGCACAGGGAACGGACAGAGGCUCUCGAGGCGAACUAUUGCUACCGUAUCCUUGAGACCACGUUCAUCCCGUUCUUUUUCAAGUGCAAUCCAAUGCUUGCCACUGGUCAGGAUAACCUUGGUGACCUUUUCAGGUUUACAGGUGUUAUCGUCGAUGACAUUUUUAAAAUACGUUCCAGGUGCCAUUUCGGACAAGGAUGA